UUCUUGGUAUAUGUGAACAUUGUUAAGGUUAGAUAAAGUUUAUGGUCAAUGCUAAAGAUAUAAUUACAAAAAUGAUUUUUCAUUUCUUAUUUUCUGAUUAUUACGGGCAAAGCGGUGAGCUGUCCUCCCUUAUAAAUGGAUCACAAGGCCGAGGAUAGUGUAGUUUCGUGUAGAACAACAAAUCCUUUCUGAGAAAACAGAUCGAGUUUUUAUCUUUCUCGGCAAAGAAAAAUGGAUAAAGCGAUCGAGAGACAACGAGUUCUUCUUGAACAUCUCCGUCCUUCUUCGUCUUCCUCACACAGUUUCGAGGGCUCUCUCUCUGCUUCUGCUUGCUUGGCUGGGGACAGUGCUGCGUAUCAGAGGACCUCUCAGUAUGGAGAUGAUGUAGUGAUUGUGGCUGCACAUAGGACUGCGCUAUGCAAGUCGAAACGUGGCAACUUCAAGGAUACAUAUCCUGAUGAUCUUCUUGCACCCGUUUUGAGGGUUUGUUGCUAUCUCUUUUUCUGUUCUGAAACCGUGGCCGUAAGAACCGUGAACAGACAGUGCUCAUCUGGUCUUCAGGCUGUUGCUGACGUAGCCGCUGCCAUAAAAGCUGGAUUUUAUGAUAUUGGUAUUGGGGCUGGAUUAGAGUCCAUGACUACCAAUCCAAUGGCAUGGGAAGGGUCAGUGAACCCAGCGGUGAAGAAGUUUGCACAAGCACAGAAUUGUCUUCUUCCUAUGGGUGUUACUUCUGAAAAUGUAGCACAGCGCUUUGGUGUGUCAAGGCAGGAGCAAGAUCAAGCUGCUGUUGACUCGCACAGAAAGGCAGCUGCUGCUACUGCUGCUGGUAAAUUCAAGGAUGAGAUCAUUCCUGUUAAAACCAAGCUUGUUGACCCGAAGACAGGUGAUGAGACACCCAUUACAGUUUCUGUUGAUGAUGGGAUCCGUGCAAGCACAACCCUUGCUACUCUUGGGAAGCUGAAGCCAGUGUUUAAGAAGGAUGGAACCACAACUGCUGGAAAUUCCAGCCAAGUGAGUGAUGGUGCAGGAGCUGUUCUCCUCAUGAAGAGAAGUGUUGCAACGCAAAAAGGACUUCCCGUUCUUGGUGUAUUCAGGACAUUUUCUGCAGUGGGUGUUGACCCAGCAAUCAUGGGAGUCGGUCCAGCAGUUGCUAUUCCUGCUGCAGUUAAGGCGGCUGGUCUAGAACUCGAUGACAUUGACUUGUUUGAGAUCAACGAGGCAUUUGCAUCUCAGUUUGUUUAUUGCCGUAACAAGUUGGGACUUGACCCGGAGAAAAUCAAUGUCAACGGAGGCGCAAUGGCCAUAGGACAUCCUUUGGGUGCGACAGGAGCACGUUGCGUUGCUACAUUGUUGCACGAGAUGAAACGCCGUGGAAAAGACUGUCGCUUCGGGGUAGUGUCAAUGUGCAUUGGGACGGGGAUGGGUGCAGCGGCUGUGUUUGAGAGAGGAGAUGGAGUUGAUGAGCUUCGCAACGCCAGGAAAGUUGAAGCGCAAGGCUUUUUGUCCAAGGACGCUCGUUAGAGAUGUUUACAACCACCAAAGCCCCUUUCACUCUCCAAAUAUUUUCAUCUCAGCUCUCUUUGUUCACUUUCUUCAGCUUGUUAUAGUUUUUGAAUAAAGCACAACCAAUGUUUGCCUGAGUCUUGUUGUCUUCUUGACCAGGUCAUGUGUUUAGUAGUAUUUUUUUUUACGUGAAGGGGGAUAAUCUUUAAAUUUUUAUACGAAUUUAAUAAUGUUCUUCUUCUCGAGUUCCAGUUGUUUGCUUCUGGAAACUAUUGAAUUAUCAGCUGGUAGCAUCAACUUUUUUAGAUUUCGAUGGAGAUGUCAAACUUUCACAAAGUCAAGAGUUCUGACAUUUGAUAGUGUUUCAUAGUUACAAUAAAUUAACCUUAUUUAAUAUCAAGAAACAACAAUUGGG